AUGGUGAAAGUCAUUGUCACUGGCGCUGAUGGGUACAUCGCAGGGCACACAAUCCACCAAUUAGUCAAUCUGGGACAUUCCGUAGUGGGUACCUGUCGAUUGCAAAAGAGUGCAAGAAUUUGCAAGAAACACUUUGCUAACUUCGACUACGUGGUGAUUCCCAGUUUCAUCCAGGAAAAUGUUUUUGACGACGUGGUAAGGACCAAUCCAGAUGCAGAAGUGUUCAUCCACAUUGCGUCUCCAGUUUUUCUGGAAUCUGGCAAUACAAAACGAGAUCUCAUCGACCCAAUUAUAUUGGGUACUGAAAAUGCCUUGAAAGCUGCCCAUAAGUUUGGAACAAUAAAGCAUUUCGUAUAUACCUCUUCCAUUGCUGCGGUAUACAAUACCACCAACUUCAAUCCAGGAGAGGUGUUCACUGAGCAGCUGUGGAACAAUGUAACAUUGGAGGAGGCGAUGAGAUCAAGUACACAAGCAUAUGGAGGUUCUAAGACGUUUGCUGAAAGAGCAGCAUGGAAGUAUGUGAAACAAAAUAGACCGCAGUUCACAUUAACUGUGGUAAAUCCAGUUUACGUGUUUGGCCCUCAGAAAUUUGAUGAGGAUGCUCGUGGAAGAUUGAAAAAUUCUGCUGGAAUCAUCGAGCACAUACUCAGUCUCCGAAAAGGAGACCCAAUUGCUGAAUUUGAGGGAUAUGCUGUUGAUGUGAGAGAUGUAGCGAAGGUCCUCAUAGCUGCGUUUGAAAAUCCAAAGACAUACGGCAAACGAUUGAUUGCCAGUUCGGAAUUUUCCAACGGGCAGGUGAUUCUGGACUUGAUAAAGAAGAAUUUCCCCCAUACGGAGGAACUGUUGCCCAUUGGAGAGCCUGGGAGCCAGUAUUUAGCAGCCACACAAUGUGCCGUCGUCGACAAUCUGGCAACCACGUCUCUUUUGGGCAUCAAAUGGAUCUCGUUAGAAGAUAUGGUGGUGGAUACGGUUGAGCAGUUAUUAAACGAGAAUUCAGACUUAUGA